AUGCCAACAAUUAUGUUUUGGAGUCUCAUUAGUUGCAACUUAAAGUGUUCUAAUGUGUUGCCGUGUGUGAGAAACGAUGCCGUUAAUGAUGUAACCAGCCAGCACCAGAACCAAGUCAAGUGCCGGGCUCUGUGUGUGUAA